GGGGAGUACCACCUACUUCCAACAUGCCACCACCAGCGAAUCUUCCCCCGUGCCAUCAAGUUGCAUCGCACCAGGUCGGGUCAAGCGGUAUGAACAAUGCCUCCAGCAGCAACGCAAGGAAAGGACCGGCUGCUAACGAGUUCCCAGGCCCGGGCAACAGGGCGUAUUUCACCAAAGAGUACAUGGACAUUUUAGAAGAUAUAAAGAUGAACAAGGUGGUGGACGAGGCCAGGAAGAGGUUCUCCGACAAUGGGCGGAACACCCUGCGUAUCCAGGAACUACCCGAUGAGGACAAUCGCUCUGAUAUGCGAUCGACCGAGAAAGGAAAAUCUGCUGACAAGAGUGAGGAGAUGAAAGCCUGGGUCACAUCUACGUUUGGAAACUCACUCAAACUCAUCACAGAGAAGCUGCAGGAAGUGGACCAGAAGGUGAAGAUCACCGCAGUGGACCAAGCUGAACUGGUUAGACUGCGGGAGGAGAGAGCGGCAUUGGAGAGAAUGGCAUCGGAGAAUGAGUGCAAGGAACUCUCGAGCAGUGAGAAGCGUAAACGAGGAGGCGAGCGUACACCGGUCAGCCACUCGCCACGUGUCAAUCGAGUGAGAUCUCACGGGAGCAAGACAAAACCAAGAACGAAGCGCAUCGACGUCUCGUCUGACGAUGAAGAUUGUAAGGUUGGUGCAGUCAAGCAGAAUUUCCAGCCAAAGAUGGAGACUAGCAGCGAGUUGUCCGACAUCAAGGCAAUGCUAGCUGCACUGUUGCAGGGCUUCGCCGAUGUCAAGCGUAAGGUCCCUGCCAGGGAACAUGCACCAGCGGUGGUACCAGGUGACGAGACGCAAGAAGAGGAGGAGGAUGUCGACACUGUCCCAAAUGCUACGAACAAGGAGGAUGAAGAAGAAAGCGAUGAGGGUGGGAUAGCGGCGUACAUGAAGAUGAGGCGGGAGUUUUAUCACUCACUGCAUUACACUCGUGUUCAGGAGCUAUGCAAGCAGAAGAGUAUCCCGUAUUUCAAGAAAGACUUGGGUGCGUGGGAACUGUCCAAGCUUGAUCUGCAGGAGUAUGUGGACAUGUUGAAGGAGGACAAGCCUGCCAAGGUGGCUGAAGCUUCAUCAACGAAGACCGAAGUACGGACGGCGGACGGAACUGAAAAGACGGCCGCGUCUGAGAACCCCAUCAAGGGAAACUGAUCAGUGGCAGCAUCCGAUCGAAGCGCCGUGCGAUUAACUGCAUCG